AAAGCCUGCUGCCUCCACACAUGAGCAUAUCUCUCUGGUGGAUGCGUUAAUGUUUUACUGACAGUUUAGUAAUAAAGAGCGUCGUUUUAAACGGAAGAGAUGUCGACAAGACCGGGAUUCUACCGGCAAGAACUAAACAAGACUGUCUGGGAGGUGCCAGAACGAUACCAGAAUCUCACACCGGUAGGAUCGGGGGCAUAUGGCUCAGUAUGCUCAGCAUAUGAUGUGCGCCUUCGUCAGAAAGUGGCCGUCAAGAAGCUCUCCAGGCCUUUCCAGUCCCUCAUCCACAGCAGAAGAACGUACAGAGAACUGAGACUCCUCAAACACAUGAAACAUGAGAAUGUUAUCGGACUGCUGGACGUUUUCACUCCAGCAGCUUCUCUUGAAGAAUUCAAUGAGGUCUAUCUUGUGACCAACCUGAUGGGAGCGGAUCUCAACAACAUUGUCAAAUUUCAGAAACUUUCAGAUGAACAUGUACAAUUCCUCAUUUAUCAGCUUCUCCGUGGCCUAAAGUACAUCCAUUCAGCCGGGCUGAUUCACAGAGACUUAAAGCCAAGCAAUGUAGCAGUGAAUGAAGAUUGUGAACUCAGGAUCCUGGAUUUUGGAUUAGCCAGACAAACAGAUGAUGAGAUGACGGGUUACGUGGCGACUCGUUGGUACCGUGCACCUGAGAUCAUGCUCAACUGGAUGCAUUACAACCAGACAGUGGAUAUCUGGUCUGUUGGAUGCAUCAUGGGUGAACUUCUGAAGGGGAAGGUUUUGUUUCCUGGCAACGAUUAUAUAGAUCAGCUCAAGAGAAUCAUGGAGGUUGUAGGCACUCCUACGCCUGACGUUUUGAAGAAGAUAUCCUCCGAACAUGCUCAGAAAUAUAUCCAGUCUCUUCCACACAUGCCUCAGCAGGACCUGGCGAAGAUAUUUAGAGGAGCAAAUCCUCAGGCGGUUGAUCUGUUAAAAAAGAUGCUGGUGUUAGACUGUGACGGGAGGAUUUCAGCCAGUGAAGCUCUGUGUCAUGCGUACUUUUCCCAAUACCACGAUCCUGAAGAUGAACCAGAGGCGCCUCCAUAUGAUCAGACCCCUGAGAGCAAGGAUCGCACGCUGGAGGAGUGGAAGGAGCUGGUGUUUGAGGAAGUAAGCAAUUUUAAAGAUCCUCCCAAUAAACCUGAAAGUCUUCAGGUUGAACAAUAAAA